UUUAAUAUGGACGUGAGCAGCAAUUGGCUGAUCGGUGAGGGCUGGGUACCGACGCGUGACCUGCCCGUAGUGCGCAAUGCGCUCGCUAGAGGUUCGACCAAAGUGAACAGCACAGUUAGUUCCUUCCUGAAUGUGAUCGAGACAAACGAACAACCGCCGACCUUUUAUAGAACAAAUAAGUUUACACGUGCCUACCAGAAUUUAAUCGAUGCUUAUGGUCUCUGCACUUAUCACGAAGUUAAUCCGGCGCUCUACGGUUGCAUCACUUUUCCUUUCUUGUUUGCGGUGAUGUUCGGCGAUUUGGGACAUGGUUUCAUUCUAUUACUUAUUGGUCUCUACAUGGUCUGGAAGGAGGAGAAACUGAGCCAAAUCAAGGGUGAAAUAUUCAAUAUAUUCUUUGUGGGCCGCUAUAUUAUACUACUUAUGGGCCUAUUUGCCAUGUACACUGGUUUCGUGUACAAUGAUAUCUUUUCCAAAUCGUUUAAUAUUUUUGGAUCAGCAUGGCAUGCAGAUAGCAUACCUGUACCUAAUGGAACUUUCAAUGGCGGUGAAUUCAUAAUGUUGGACCCUUUGAAUAGCUUGAGUGACGUUUAUGUCUAUGGCAUGGAUCCGCACUGGUCAGUGGCUGAAAAUAAGAUCAUCUUCUUGAAUGCCUACAAAAUGAAGCUCUCCAUCAUAUUCGGCCUCUUACACAUGGCGUUCGGCCUUAUAUUGUCGCUCGUUAAUUUUGUGCAUUUCAAGCAAUAUGCGCGCAUUUUCUUAGAUUUUUUGCCACAGCUCUUUUUGAUGUUCCUCUUCGGCUAUUUGGUGUUCUUAAUGUUCCUCAAAUGGGUGAAGUAUUCCGGCAGGACAACAGAGCAGGUUCUUACGCCUGGCUGUGCACCAUCUAUACUCAUUUUAUUUAUCAAUAUGCUGUUAUUUGGCAACACUGAACCCAAGGAGGGUUGCAAGGAAUAUAUGUUCGAAUACCAAAAAAUCGUGCAAAUAAUAAUUGUGGUGUUGGCAGUUUUGUGCAUCCCAUGGAUGCUGUUGGGUAGCCCGCUGCUGGAGGCACGCAAGCGUAAACAGAGAGGGCUAACAGUGGUCACAAAUGGGAUCACAAAUGAAGCAUUUGAAGAUCACAACAACGCAGUUGCGAGUGCGCCAGCUAAACCAACGGCGUCAACACACGGCCACCAUGAGAGUGAUGCGGACGAACCUAUGAGUGAAAUCUACAUCAAACAGGCCAUACACACUAUCGAAUAUGUAUUGAGUACUAUAUCUCAUACGGCGUCGUAUCUUCGCCUGUGGGCUCUGUCGUUGGCGCAUGCGCAAUUAUCAGAUGUUCUGUGGAAAAUGUUGAUUCAUGUGCCUAUCAGCUUUCCAAUGCCAUUCGGUGGAAUUAUGGUGGGAAUUCUCUUCACACCAUGGCAAUUUUUUACGAUCACCAUACUCGUUAUUAUCGAAGGAUUAGCUACUUACUUAAGUAUUCAAGAAGAUCGUUUGAUGAUAGGCUGUUGGUAGUUAUCUGUAUGAAGUGAUGGAAAUUAACAGACCUCGGACUCCCAUUCAGCGCGUCAAAUAACAUGGGGAUAUAGA